ACAGUUCGAUUUGGAAAACUACAGGAAGAAGUCAAAAUAUAUCGGAGGGAAGCGUCAACCAGACUGGCAGCAUUGGAGGAUGCAGCGGAGGGAAGGACAGCUUCUUACCAGAAGGAAAUCUUGCACCUGCAGAGGCUGCUAAGAGAAAGGCAGGAGGCUGAAGAGAAACUGCUGCAUUCUAAACGAGAAGUAGAGGAAGAGCUGGAGGUGGUAUGGCAGAUGGCAACCAGGGAAAAUCAACAGAUGAAGGAGGCUCUCUUGGACUCGAGGCUCACUGUGGACCUCCACGGUUGGACUGUUUCUGGCAGUGCCUUACCUGGCUGGGCCUCUCAGGCUCCAGAUGAGACCACCCCAAUCACACAAGAUCAGACUCACAGCUAUGGUCCUCCCCCAUUCACCUGUCAUCAAAGCCCUGGGCUCCAGAGAAGAUCCAUAUUUCUAUCUGACUCAGAGCAAAACUCCUUGUAUGAGAAGCAUAAGCAUGGGCUGGAUUUCUAUUAAUAAAACUGUUGGAGCCACAUCCCAUAGCUUUUGCUGCCAGGGUUUGCUGAUAGAGCCACACACCAAAGGUGACACAGUUCAGUGCAGACUUACCUUUACAAAACCCAACCUCUGGACCAGGGGAGCCGGAGCUUGGUCUUCAUGUUAAGUGACCUCAUAUAAUUUGGUGAUGUUUUUCAGGACAGUUGCACCACGACAUCAAGAACACACACCCUGCUCAUCCAAAAAGCUGUUGUCCCGGUAGUGAGGAGGGUCAUUUACCUCUGAACAGACCAACCUUUGAUCUCUAUAAAUACAGCCCGUUUAACACAGAGUUGCUCCAGUGUUGCUAUUCGGCAUUAACAGACUGCAGUGCAUCGUUGUCCUCCACACUGAGGACAAAAUGAAGACAGACUAUUCUUUGGAGCAGAAUGGUACGGAAGACGUUUUUUCUUCAGAUGGUGGCUUCAGAUGGAGAACUGGGUCUGAGGCCUCCAGGCUAGGACAUACUGAUAUGGACGACAGCAAAAUAGUCCACCCUUCCCCAUUCAGAAAAUACCACCAGAGCCUUCAGACCCUCAAACCCAUCCGCUGGUCCUCAUCACAGCCCCACCCUCUGGACAGUGCAGGUUUCCUGUCCUUUACAACCUUUGCCUGGAUGACCCCCAUGAUGUGGGCCAUUUUCAGGAAUAAGCUGGACAUGGGUUCUCUCAACCUGUCCCCUUUGGAUGUAUCUGACACCAGUGGAGAAAGGCUCCAGAGACUGUGGGAGGAAGAAGUGGCGAAGGUCGGCCUGGAGAAAGCCUCUUUGGUUCGUGUGAUUCUUCGCUUCCAACGAACGCGGCUGAUUCUAUCUAUUGUGAUUGGUGUGUCUGCCAUGGUGGCGGCAUUUCUGGGCCCUGCUGUUCUGGUCUAUGAAAUCUUAGACUAUGUUGAAAACUCACAGAAGUCAGUUUCCUACGGCAUUGGUCUGUCCUUCGCUCUUUUCACCUCUGAGUUCUUCAAAGCCUUCCUAAUAUCCUUGAUGUGGGCAAUGAACCUGCGCACAGCUGUAAGAAUAAAAGGUGCCUUUUCUUCAAUGGCCUUUCAGAAGGUCAUCUCUCUGCGGGUGCACAGCGGCGUUUCAAUGGGAGAGAUGAUUAAUGUUUUGACCAAUGAUGGCCACAGAUUAUUUGAGGCAGUAUUGUUUGGGAGCUUUGUGCUGGCCACCCCAGUGCUCUUUAUUGUGUGCGUAGUCUACGCCUGCUUUGUUCUGGGCUAUACCGCUCUUACUGGAAUCUGCACCUACCUCAUCUUCAUCCCCAUACAGUUUUUCUUGGCCAGGCUCAUUAACAUAUUCAGGUGGAAAGCCAUGGUGUUAACAGAUGGCCGUGUUCGCACAAUGAAUGAGAUUCUCAACAGCAUCAAACUUAUCAAGAUGUAUGCCUGGGAAGAUUCCUUUGAGAAGACGAUUGCAGGCUUAAGAAAAAGAGAGAAGAAAGAGAUGCAGCUGGUCAGUUACGUCCAGAAUGCUAAUACCAGCAUCACCUCCAUCAUCCCCACUCUCGCCACCAUUGUCACCUUCAUUGUACACACUGCGUUGGGCUUAAAGCUCAACACAUCUGAUGCCUUUACUACCAUUGCCAUCUUUAACUCCAUGAGGUUUUGCCUGGCUCUAAUGCCUUUGUGUGUGAAGGCUCUGGCUGAGGCUGCUGUGUCAACAAAACGACUGAGGAAAAUACUGCUGGUCCAAAAUCCAGACCCUUACCUGAUGCAGAGGAAAGACAGUGACUCAGCCAUUGUGAUGAAAAACGCUACACUUUCCUGGACCAAACCAGAUAGGCUGCCACACCCCCCGCCCAGCUCAGCCAAUGGGAUAAAGGGGCAAAAAAUGGACGAGGUAUCUCAGAAUGAUAAGACUGAAACCUUGCCAACCCUGAGAAACAUCUCUUUCAUACUGCCUAAGGGCAACCUGCUUGGUGUCUGUGGGAAUGUGGGAAGUGGAAAGACGUCACUGAUUUCCUGCAUUUUAGAACAGAUGCACCUUCUGCAGGGCUCUGUUAUAGCAGAUGGGACAUUUGCCUACGUUUCCCAGCAGGCCUGGAUAUUCCACGGAACUGUUCAAGAAAAUAUCUUGAUGGGGGAACCCCUUGACCAGGCCAAAUACAACAGAAUUCUGGAUGUCUGUAGCCUUAGAGCUGAUCUGAAAAUACUCCCAUAUGGUGAUCAAACUGAGAUUGGAGAGCGGGGGCUGAAUCUAUCAGGUGGGCAGAAGCAGAGGAUCAGCCUGGCCAGAGCUGUCUACUCCAAUAAAGACAUCUUCCUCCUCGAUGACCCCCUGUCAGCUGUCGAUGCCCAUGUGGGGAAACAUAUCUUUGAAGAGUGCGUCAAGAAGGAGCUCAAGGGAAAGUCCAUCAUACUGGUUACUCAUCAGCUCCAGUAUUUAGAGUUCUGUGAUGAUGUCCUGGUUUUGGAGGAUGGGGAGGUCCUGGAGGCUGGAAACCAUGAGGCCCUGAUGAAAGCCAAUGGACGCUAUGCUCAGCUCAUCAGCAACUACCAGAUGGAACAGUCCAAAACUCAGAAAGAGGAGGAAGUAGCACCACCCAAAGAUACUGCUCAACUAAAGGAGGUCAAGUUAAAAGAUGGCACAGACAAUGGAAUAGUGAACCUGGCAUUUGACCUGUCUGAUGAAAAGGAUGAUGGAACAGCAGCUGACCAGAAACCUGCUGUCAAACAUGAUGACCAGCUUGUCAGUAAGGAGUCCUCCACAGAAGGCUCUGUCCCCUGGAGAGUUUACCACCAGUACUGCCAGGCAGCUGGAGGGUACAUCGUCGUCUUCCUCACAUACAUGAACAUUGUUCUAAUGAUUGGCUCCACAGCCUUCAGCAACUGGUGGCUCAGCUUCUGGCUGGAACAAGGUGAUGGGUCAUCUAAUAAGUCAUCUUCAAAUGUGGGCGACAUCUCAAACAACCCGGAUCUGCAGUACUACCAAACAGUUUAUGGCAUGACAGUGCUUGUCAUGGUGACACUGGCCGUCAUCAAAUGCUUCUCCUACACUCAUGUCACUUUGAAUGCGUCUUGCAAUAUCCACAACACCAUGUUCAAGAAGAUCUUUGCCAGUCCCAUGAGCUUCUUUGACACAACACCCACAGGACGCAUUCUCAACCGCUUCGCUAAAGAUCAAGAAGAGGUGGACACUGUGCUUCCCCUGCACAUGGAUCCUUUCUUGCAGUUCACUCUGCUGGUCACCUUCACCAUAAUCAUCAUCUCAUCUGUCUUCCCCCCCAUGCUGGCAGCUGUGGCUAUUAUCGGAGCUUUGUUCACCCUCAUUCUCUUUAUCUUCCAGAGGAGUAUCCGUCAGAUGAAGAGGAUGGAGAACAUCAGUCGCUCUCCCUGCAUCUCUCUUACUACUUCUACCCUCCAGGGCCUGAGCACCAUCCAUGCCUACAACAUAAGAGACAGCCACAUAAAACUGUUCAAGUACUUGAAUGACAUCAACUCCAAUCAGUAUCUGCUCUUUCACUCUGGGACACGUUGGCUCUCCUUCUGGCUCGACUUCAUGGCUGCGACCAUGACCUUGUUGGUGUCUCUGUUCGUAGUGCUCAGCAGUGAUGAAUUCAUCAGCCCAGCCUUGAAAGGCCUAGCUAUGUCCUACACCAUACAGCUUACAGGUAUGCUUCAGUAUGUAGUCAGGACGGCGACAGAAGUUGAGGCGAGGUUCAACUCGGUGGAGCGGUUGCAGGAAUACAUCAUGACUUGCAAGCCAGAGGCCUCCAGACACGUAAAGGAGGCUCAAAUCCCAGAGGACUGGCCAGAGAAUGGUGCCAUCACCUUCAAAGGAUAUAAGAUGAGGUACAGAGAAAACACACCUAUUGUCCUCAAUGGGCUCGAUUUCCUCAUCCGAGCUGGAGAGAAGCUGGGCAUUGUGGGAAGGACAGGCUCUGGGAAGUCCUCUUUAGGUGUGGCUCUGUUCAGGCUGGUGGAGCCGGCAACAGGAACUAUCCUGAUAGACGGAGUGGACACCAAGUCUAUCGGUCUGCAGGAUCUGCGCAGCAAAUUGUCCAUAAUCCCCCAGGAUCCUGUGCUAUUUACUGGCACAGUCAGGUACAACCUAGACCCCUUUAAUCACUACACUGAUGAGGAGAUCUGGGCAGCACUGGAGAAGACCUACAUGAAAGACUCGAUCACCAAACUGGAGAGGAAGCUACAGGCAGAGGUGCUGGAAAAUGGAGAGAACUUCUCUGUAGGAGAGAGACAGCUGAUGUGUAUGGCCAGAGCACUGCUCCGUAACUCCAAGAUCAUUCUGUUGGAUGAGGCAACAGCUUCCAUCGAUGCAGAGACAGAUGCUCUGAUCCAGAACACCAUCAAAGAGUCCUUCCAGAAAUGUACCGUGCUCACCAUCGCCCACCGUAUCAACACCGUGAUGCAUGCGGAUCGUAUCCUGGUUAUGGACAAUGGAAAGGUGGCAGAAUUGGACCCUCCAGAUGUGCUGAGGCAAAGACCAGACUCUCUGUUCUCCUCACUCCUGACAGCUGCUAACACUGUCAAUGCCUGAGCCAUUUAAGACCUGUGAGGCCGUAACACUGCACAGUGAUCCCCAUAACAAACUAAUAGUCAUUCAUUUACACGUACAAAGCUGUAUCUUAAUCAGUAUUCUUAUAUUGUAAUCUUUAUGGGUGUGCUUGUUUCAGGACUAGCUGAAAAGAAGAACUUGGAUUUUAAACUUACUCCAGAAAUAAAUAGUGAUAUAGUUUUUUCUCCUGCUGGCCAAAACAAAUACAUGAACACUGUUUUGCAUCGGUUUUUCACAGAAGUGGAUAUGAUCUGUCAUGUAUAUUUAAAGCAUAUUAUUUAUUGAUUUUCUAUAUCUUUGUUUGCCGCCACUUUCCAAACCAAUGCUGUAUAUGUGAAGUUUAAGUCUGGUGUGGGAGAUGCUCUGCAUAUGCAAAAUGUUUUGAAAUAACUCUUGCAUUUUUAAGAAAUGUACAUGUGUAUAAAAAUGUAGAUCAUUCCAGAUUACUCAGCUGUUCCAUAAAUGCUCUUGCUGCUGACCAGGAGUGCUAAUACAUCGUAGAAAUUUGUAAGAUUUAGUUCUUUAUUUCAACUGUGCCAUCAAAUGCUUUUCUUUUUCUUUGUACUGUCCUGUGAUUUGCAUUUUAAAUGUAUUUGUCCAGUCAUUAUUAGCAUUGUAUAUAAGAAUCAAAUCGUUGUAUUGCCCAUUUCUUUUUUUUUACUGCACAUAUGGCUGCCUAUUUUGUAGUAACAGUUCUUUUACUUUCACCAGCUAAUUUCACCUUCAGAGCUCUUUAUUUUUACACAACCAUUUCCAUAAUGGUCGAAGCCCAUUAGUCCCACCACAUCCCUCAGUCAUGGUGCUCGGCCCCACCUCACUGGUCCCGUCUCCAUAAUAGAACACAAACAUCAACUCCCGAAUACAUAGUCUCUGCCCAUAAGGUACAA